AUGUUCUCUUUGUGUCAAAAGCUGUUUGCCGUAAGGUUCAGUCCUUCUGAACAGUCGGCGAGAACGAUUGCUCGGAUACCACAUUAUGAGUACCACAUAAGGUUCAGUCCUAAGGAUGGCCGAAAGCGGCCCUCACAAGACGUCCUCGAUCGGUUCAAACGCCUGAAUAAUGGCAUGUGGAUUCGAGCGCAUCCAGGAAAACACAAACAGCGUUACGCGAAGGAUAAAGAACAAUGUGAAAUGCUUGACAAGAUGAUGACUCCGUUUUGGUUGCGGCCUCAUCACUAUCCAGACGAUCCAUAUGCACCUUAUCAUGUUCUCUUGGAUGACAUUACGUCUGAUAGAUAUUUUCGUGAUAGAUAG